AUGGAGCCUGCUGGACUGGCUAUCGGAGUGAUCGGUCUGACCAGCCUCUUCGAUUCAUGCUUGAAGCUAUACGAGCACGUCAGCAACGCCAAGCGCUACCCGGAAGAUUGCAAGCGACAAGUGCUCUUCUUGGACUUGGAGAAGUCGCGAUUUGAUCUUAUCCGGAUCGAGAUUCUGCAAGGGGCAUCAAACACCUUUGACGAUGGAGCUAACCUCUCUGCUGCGACGAACUUACAGAGCGAAUACCUCGGUCGAAUACUAAGCAGCGUUCAGGGAGUCUUAACGGAGGCGCAAGCGAUCGUCGAGAAGUAUCACAAUCAAAAACCCGACCCCAAACGGAAGCUGAGAAACUUCAUCUCCUCCAAACUACAUACAAGUCAACUGUCGUGGAUCGCCGACGACAAGAAUCGGUUGAAAGAAUUGAUCGAAAGCCUGCGACAGCUGAACGGCUAUAUAGAACAGAUUCUUCCGGAAACCUCUCGCCAGCGGCUUCAACUCGGAUUCGGGGCAGCGGUGGUCCUGUCGGCGGACAUUAACCGACUGCGAGAGAUCCAGAAGGAAGGGUACGAAGACUUAGAACAGAGCGCGGCUGUCCGAAUAGCGAAGCUGUCAAUAAACUCUGCGCCAGUUGUCUCUCCUCCCUCAAGCCAGGAUCUUCGGAUCCACAACCCAUGCAUCCAGCAACGAAGGCCUCUCGAAGGCAGUUUCGGUGUAUACAGCUCAGCUCUCUAUGAGACUGGUUCCUCGGGACAGCCAAACAGGCGGGGCGUUCUGCUCGAGCGUAGAGAGGCGUUUGCCACGGUGGAUUCCAUCGAGGCAGCCGAAAGACGUCUCAACCAUCUAGUCGGAGCCGUGCAGUCCAUGCAACUACCUUCAACAAAACAGUCUCAGGCUAAUAGCACCGUUGCGUCGAAUCCCGUGGGCUUCGGUGUGCCUCGGUGUCUGGGAUGGAUAGCCCCAGAAAGCUCUGAGCUAGACGUGAUCGAGUUGGUUUACGAAUACCCACAGGAUACAACGCAACGUCCUGUUUCCCUUCACAUGCUCCUCCAACGCCUGCAAUCAAGCGAUCGUCCCUCUCUCGGCGCCCGAUUCAAGCUGGCGCUCCGCUUGGCUCACUACUACGCCAGUUUCAUAUCCGUCGGGUAUUUCCACAAAGGCUUGCACAGUCACAACGUCUUCUUCUUCAAUGACACGCUUGAUCCGUACAUAGUUGGUUGCGCAGAGUCCCGGCCGGAGAUCAUUUCCCAGCAUUCAUCCCCCCUCUCUGACGCGAUCGAGGAUCGGGAACUGUAUGUGCCCUGGGAGACGGUUAUGGCGAUGGAGGAAACCGAUCCUUCGAAGCGGACACGAUGGACCGCGGCCACAGACAUCUACGGCUUGGGGGUGAUGCUCGUAGAGAUUGGGAGAUGGAGCUGCGCGAGCGAGGCCUGGAAUGCGGCAAGCUUGUAUGACUUCCAUCGGACUAUUCUCCCUUGCUUGGUCGACGAACUCGGGUACCAGAUGGGAGACAUUUAUCGGACUGUGGUACGGGCAUGUCUCACCGCGGGUGAAUUUGGGGCUGCAAGCGAACUUGGAGUGUGGCAGAGCUAUGCAGACAAAGUUCUCAAGCCCUUGGAAUCUUGUCGGGCUUAG